AUGGGUUCGACUAGCGGUUUGAUCGUCGCCGGGAUUGCCGGUGCGACAGCCAUUGGCAUCUCGUUUGCGGCGAUUCCGUUUCUCACCCCUGCGCUGCGACGCGUCUGCAUACCCUACGUACCCGCUACCCCGCCACAACUCAAAAACGUGUCUCGCGCUCUUGCCGAACACAUUCCGAAGCCAAGCCCACUCAUUGAUCUAGGAUCUGGAGAUGGACGUGUUAUGAAAUUUGGCGAACAAUUGGCGAGUCAUUUGACUCCGGAAUGGCGGAAGCAAUACAUCGACUACGAGGCGCUCAAGAAUCUUCUCUACGACAACAUGUUGGAAGUGCCUUCUGAGGAAGACCGCAGAGAGGAGCACAUUGCACAAAUGGACGAAAAGUUUUUCAAUGAGUGUGACAAUGAGCUGACUAAAAUCAAUCUGUUUUUCUCACAAAAGAUAGCAGAGGCCCAGGGCAAGUAUCAUGAGUUGCAAACUGAUCUGCAAAUGUUCAAGGAGGCUAUUCAGACGCGGACCGAGCCCACUACCCUGAGGAGAAGGUUUGGAGCACGGGAUAAACUUCAUAAGGAAACAGCGAAAACUAGCCAGCAGCUGAAACUUGCCUUCUCAGAGUUUUAUCUUAGUCUAGUUCUUGUACAGAAUUUCCAACAACUGAAUGGAACCGGUUUUCGAAAAAUUCUGAAGAAGCAUGACAAGCUGACCGGGAAUGAGCGUGGGUUGGACUGGCGGAUAAACAAGGUCGAGAAGAGUUCCUUUUUCCUCAAUCGUGAAAUUGAGACACUAAUCAACAAUGUCGAGACUUCUGUAAUCAACGAGCUUGAAGGCGGCAAUCGUCAAGCAGGAAUGAAACGACUCAAGGUCCCUCCGCUCUCUGAGAAGCAAAAACCGAUCACAACCUUUUCGCUUGGGCUUUUUAUGGGUGCCAGCAUGAUUCUUAUUCUUUCAAUUGUUCUCUCAUGGUGGGGAGCAACAACACGGCCUAAUGAACCUCAAUGGGUGGCAGUGCGUCUUUUCCGUGGACCAUUCCUGUUGUUUCUUUCGGUCUUCAUGUGUGGAGUGAACAUGGCUGGCUGGGCUGGUGCUGGUGUAAACCAUGUGCUGAUCUUCGAAGUGGAUCCUCGACACCAUCUUUCGUACCAGACACUUAUGCAAAUCGCAGCCUUCAUGAUCAUGUUGUGGGCAAGCGCCGUGCUCGCCUACCUUUACGCUCAUCUCCUGCACAUACCAGCAUUCUCACCUCCGUUGGCGCUUAUGAUCGUCUGUGCUGUGGUUAUGUUCAACCCACUUUCAAAGCCGGAUUACCUGUUUCACAAGAAGUCCAGAUGGUGGCUCAUUCAACAUUGUUUCAAGUGCUUCACAGCUCCACUGCAUUUCGUCACAUUCACGGAUUUCUGGCUCGGUGAUCAGAUGAAUUCGUUGACGACAUCAUUUCUCGACUUCCAGUACUUUCUAUGUUUUUAUUCCACGGAAGUAGACUACUCACUGGAUAAUUUCCUUGCCGUUCGGACGAUCAAUUCGACAACAGGAGCUGUGCCUUGGGGCUACGUUGAUAUCACCACCGGCAAAGACAUGUGCAUGUCGGCAUCAGGAGUGCGGUCGUUUGUUUCGAUUAUACCUGCCACUGUGCGAUUUAUGCAGUGUUUGAGACGAUAUCGAGACACAAAGCGAGUCCAUCCUCAUCUUGUCAAUGCGGGAAAGUACUCUACUACGUAUUUGGUGGUCGCCUGCGGCGCCCUCAACAAGUGGGCCGAGAAAUCCGAUCCUAACGGAACGUCACCGUUUUUCUACAUUUGGAUUGCGUCUUACAUACUCUCCUUCACCUACACCUUCUUAUGGGACAUCUUCAUGGAUUGGGGCUUGAUCGAUCCACGAGCUCCAAAGGAGGCGCCGUUCCUACGUGAAGAGAUGAUUUACGGGAGCAAAUACUACUACUAUGCUGCAAUUGUUCAAGAUUUUGUUUUGCGUCUUUCUUGGGUUCUCAACGUUUCUCUUGGCGAAGCAUGGACUCUCGAUUCGGAUUUCCUAACAACGGUUACUGCUCCAGCUGAGGUGUUCAGGCGUUUCGUUUGGAACUACUUUCGACUAGAAAAUGAGCAUGUGAACAACUGCGGUCAGUUCCGAGCAGUGCGUGAUAUCUCUGUGAAGCCGAUACGGAAAGGAGAUCUGGAAUCACUUUUGUCGAAAAUGGACCAGUGUGAUGGAGUAACGCACAGAGGGCAAGAUCUGGCUGAGAGGAAGAAAAAGCAAAAGAAAGCGCAGAAAACGACGAGAGUUCUGCUACGGAAAGCACGUCAACAUCGUGUGACUGUUCCUUUCACUACUACACCCAUCACUACCCACCUCGUCGAAACUCAGCAAUAG